CUGUUCUCCCUCUACUACUACUGCACUACCAGUGUAAUUCGUUCCCGAUCUCUACUUAUGUCAAUUACACCUAAGGAUAGUGAUGAAGAGACUUUUGAUUAUUACCGAAGACCAAAGGUGACAUCUUUGCCCCCAAAGAACUCAAGCAUUGUUGUCAUAGGAGCGAUGAUGACCCAUUGUCCCGACUAUGAUCUUCUAGGAGUAGAUAAAACUUACUUCCAGAUUAUCAGAAACCGUCAUGAGGUUACUAUUCUUGGACCUCCGUUACUGGAUGAUGAUGGACGUACGCUUCAACUGGAAUUGAUUGAAACACUUUUGCACACGGUGCCUUUCGAUGAAAUCAAUCAGGCUACGCUCUACAUCACAGGAGAUGGGAGGGCUCGCCUUAUACCACAAGUCUUCACGAUAUAUCCGAGCUUACCUUUUAUAUCCGGGGUGCGCUGCGUCGAGGACAUUGAACUCCAGGUGACUUCCUGGUUAUACAUAGGCUGGAAGCUUGCUCUUUUAGAUGGGAUACCAGUCGAAGUUGACUACGCUUAUAAUUUAAUGACUUCUCUAUGCAUAGAGAACAGACUCGAAGCCAUGCGACAACUUUUGCCAUUGGACCUGACUACGCCCCUUCAGGCCCAUCUUGUUAGCGAUGGCUCCAUCUAUGGUCUUGUCAACAAAAUCGAAGAGGACUCUCGCUCAGUGACCUAUGUUGACAGAAAUCUGGUGUAUUCAGCAUUUGCGAAGCUACAGAAGCACCACAUCUACUUCACUGACGCUAACGAGUAUGAACUCGAUGACAUUGCGAUAGUUGGAGAUAAGGUCCGAUUCAUACGAACAUUCACCGGGAACUGGCUGAACGCAGCCUUUACAUAUGAUCCAAAAAUUCAUGAUCAGGAAACUCUUGCGGACGCUCGAAAGUCUCAUUGGCGAGUGGCUGAAAAACUCUUCGACAAGCUCAUCUCUCGUACCGAGUCUCCUGAGAUCUGGGCUUCACCAGACUUCAGUUCACGAGUUGAAGAUGGGUAUUGUGUCCUCAAUAUCGUUUUUGCUCCUGAAAAGCCUCUUGGUAUACUUGCUUUCAUGGCGAGCACUAUGUCUUCGGGCAACGAUGUCACGUCCUUGUCGAAGAAAAAGAGGCGCAAAGCAUUGUCGUCUCAUGCAGCGACAACAUCUCAUUCUGCGGCCAAGCAUUGCCAUUCCAUGUCGACUUCGGAUGAACUUUUCCAGUCAUCCAUUUCAGAGAAAGUGAUGGAAUCUUCCGCUACCUCUGAUAAACCUUUGGUCCUUUCGAAACGAUCAUCUACGCGACGAUCCGUCUUUCCAUACGGCAACCUUGACAUUGACACUCCUGCUGUUCUUCCCUAUCCUACUAGACUCUCUGGGACGUCCUUCCUCGGAUCGCAUUCUUUGAUUCAGUCCGUCAUACCAUUACCACCUGAUGAUUCCGACGAUGUUGCUGCGAUCCAGUCUGGCCAUGGGUGGCUAGAAGAAGUUCCAUGAUCUAUUUUCAACUAUAAUUGUUUACGUAUAAAGCUUGAGCAGGAGAUGAUGCGCCGGUGGCGCGAGGGUCACUUUCGGUCGAGUUGGAAUCGAGUUCUGGAGAAUCUGAGAGAGAUGACCACAAUAACGGGCAUCGGUUUUGACUAUUAGAAGAUGAAACUGAUAUCUAUAGAUCUGUUUGCUUAACAGUACAGUACUCAUACCAUGUAAUACCUGGUACGACGUACUAUUACUAUUUCAAUCUACUUUACCUCUUGUGCCGGAUGGUCAAUUGUGGCUACAAGCUGAUCGAGACUAGCACAGGGGCGAGGUACUUACUAGUCCUAUCGCGCAACGAAUCUACAGCGGGAUAUCGAAUCGAAAUGGAACGCUUCGCCU